AUGACUUAUAAAAUCCUAGCAUGUCUUUUUUUGUACCCUCUCUUCGCAGUAGUUUCAAGCGAAUGUGAAACUUUGAAAAUCGCACCGCCGUUUCCCAAGCCUGAGGCCAAUUACAAAGAUGUAGAAAUCGUGAAUGGUGUAUGUGCUAGACUUUACGUUCCCAAGUCUGCCAAUCCUAAUCAAAAACUUCCUCUCGUAGUUUACUUUCAUGGCGGAGGCUUUGGCAUGUACAGCGCCUUCUUUCCUCCCCACGAUUCUUACGUUUAUUCUCUUGUUAAGAAAGCUAAUGUUGUUGCAUUGUCUGUUGACUAUAGACAAGGCCAGAAUAAUCCUUUCCCCAUUCCUUAUGAUGCUUUUAAACGAAUUUUCUAUUCAAAUAGUGCAGGUGCUAACAUUGCAUACAACAUGGUCAUGAGAGCAGGUUCAGAGAAAUUAGAUGGUCUCAAUGUUAAUGGAAUUGCUCUAAUCCACCCAUAUUUUUGGGGAAGCAAACCAAUUGGAACUCAUGAAUCCAGGGAUGCUACUUCGAGAUUAGAAGCAGACAAUAUUUGGUUGAUUAAUUCACGAAAUGCAUUUGGAUUGGAUGAUCCAAGACUUAACCCACUUGUGGAUCCAAAGUUGUCCACCCUUGGAUGUAGCAAGGUUCUAGUUUUAAUUGCUGAGAAAGAUAUAUACAGAGAUAGGGGUUUCUAUUACUAUGAGGCAUUGCGUACAAAUGGGUGGAAAGGAAAUUUGGAAAUUAUGGAGACUCCAGGGACUCAUGUCUUUCAAUUGAACUUUCCAGAUUCAAAAUAUGCUCAAGAAAUGCUUGAACGAAUAUCUUCUUUUGUGAACAAACCCUAG